AUUGAUGCAAUCAAAAGAUACUCUGUUCAUUAUGGAGAAGUUCAUCUUUAUAGCAUUUGUUGAUGCUAUGUUGGCUUCCCUGUUGAUGUUUCAGCCGAUCAUCUGUUCUAGCAACUUCACUGAUCAAGUGGCUCUCCUCCACUUCAAAUCGGCGAUUGAAAUCGACCCGACAAACACGAUCAAAGGCAGCAAUUGGACCACCGAAGCAAACUUCUGUGAAUGGAUUGGUGUCUUUUGCAGCAACCGCAGGCAGAGAGUCACGGCUUUAGACCUCUCAUACAUGGGUCUCGAAGGGAGGCUCUCUCCUUAUCUAGGCAAUCUUUCUUUCUUGGCUUCUCUUGAUCUUCGCAACAACAAUUUCCAUGGGAGAAUUCCUAUAGAAAUUGGUCGUUUGCACCGCCUAAAAGAACUCGUGCUCCAACUUAACCAGUUUGAAGGAAACAUUCCUCCUAACUUAGCCCAGUGCCAAAAUCUCGAAGAGAUGUCACUCGCAGGGAACAGGCUAACGGGUGGCAUACCAAGAGAAUUUGGCACCUUGCCUAAGUUACAACUACUAUAUCUUAGCAUCAACCCCUUACGAGGUCAAAUUCCAAGCUUCCUGGGCAACAUAUCCACGUUGCAGGUCAUUGCUUUGGCCGCGGCCAAUCUCACUGGUUCGAUUCCUCCGACACUUUUCAAUAGAUCACUCACCAUUGUUGACUUGAUGUAUAAUGAUCUCUCAGGGAGUCUUCCCUCCAAUCUUUGCUCCCACUGGCCUAACAUUCAGUGGCUUCUUCUGUCUAAUAACCAGUUCAAUGGCCUGCUAAUAGAGACACUAACCCAAUGCAAAGAGCUUCUCAAAUUGUCCUUGUCAUUCAAUCGUUUUCAGGGAAGCAUUCCUCAAGACAUGGACAACUUGCAAAAGCUGCAGGAGCUCUAUCUUGGUUUUAACAACCUGACUGGCACGAUUCCUCGAACCAUCGGUAACGUGUCAAGUUUGCACAUCCUGGACGUAUCAUUUAACUAUAUUGGAGGUGACAUUCCGACUGAGAUUGGCAAGUUGGUCAAUCUGGAAGUUUUGAACCUUGGGAGAAAUUUGUUAACAGGCAAAGUGCCUCAAGAGAUUUUUAAUGUUUCGUCUCUACGAAAUAUUAGUUUGGGCUUCAAUUCCCUCUCCGGAAACCUUGUCUCGAGUAGCGAACCAAGCCUUCCAAAUUUGGAAGCACUCUUUCUAGCAGGGAAUCGCUUUGGUGGCAACAUCCCACAAUAUAUUUCGAAUUUUACGAACCUAAUUAUUUUCAAUGCUGGACAGAAUCAACUUAGCGGACCCAUACCCAUGAGUUUGGGCAACUUGAAGAACCUCAGAAGCUUUGGGGUUUCGUCAAAUCAGCUCACAGGAGAGCCUUCUGGUUCAGAGCUCGGUUUUGUCUCUGCCUUAUCUAAUUGCCAAUCGCUGCAAGAAUUGUAUCUGGGAUACAACCCACUUCGCGGCUCUAUACCAAAAUCUAUCAAAAACUUCUCCAGAUCCUUACAAAUGCUACUCGUUGAAGGUUGUCAAAUAAGAGGUUGCAUUCCCGAGGAAAUGGGUUUCUUGAAAAGCUUGACUUUCCUAGCGUUGAGCCAUAACAACAUAAACGGCAACAUCCCAUCAUCAAUGGGAGGACUAGAAAGCCUGCAAAGGCUAUAUCUUGAUAACAACUGUCUUGAAGGACCGAUCCCCAAUGAGAUAUGCAACUUGACAAGUUUAGGAGAGUUACAGCUCCAGCAAAAUAGGAUAUCCGGAUCAAUCCCGAAUUGCAUUGGAAACCUCAGCAGCCUUCAAAAGUUGUUCGUAAGUUCGAAUAACAUGACAUCGGUCAUACCGGUUAGUUUGUGGAGCCUUCAAGAACUCAUCUUCCUCAAUUUGUCACUCAAUUCUUUCAAUGGAGGGCUACCGUUUAGCAUGGGGAAAAUGAGAGCUAUAAGCAGCAUCGAUCUUUCUUGGAAUCGACUCACUGGCACCAUAUCAAGUUCCAUCCAGGAGUUUGAAAGCCUUGCUUCUCUCAACUUGUCAAGGAACACAUUUCAAGGAUCGAUACCGCAAUCAAUUGGCAACCUCAAAGGAUUGGAUUUCCUCGACCUCUCCUACAAUGAGUUGUUUGGCACGAUACCUAAGUCCAUGGAAGGACUUAGAUAUCUGCAAAAUUUGAACUUGUCCUUUAAUAAGUUAUCAGGAGAAAUUCUUAAUGGCGGGCCCUUUAAAAAAUUUUCGGCUCUCUCGUUCAUUGGGAAUGAAGCACUUUGUGGAAAUGCAACUCUGCAAGUCCCACCUUGCAAACUAAGUGGAAAGAAGUCAACAAGGGACAAGCAGCUCCGGUUACUAUUCAUUAUGUUGCCAAUUGUAUCGGUUGUACUUUUAGUCUUUGCCAUUUGCUUGCUUAGAAAGCGUGGGAACCCUAGUAAAAAAGCUCCAGUUUCAGUGCAGAACUUGCCUAGAAUUGACCACCCGAUGAUAUCAUAUUGGGAGCUUUGCUUGGCUACUAACAACUUUAUCGAAAGCAAUUUGCUCGGAACAGGAAGCUUUAGCUCUGUAUACAAAGGCACUCUGGCCAACGGGAUAGAUGUCGCUGUCAAAGUACUGAAUCUCCAUAUUGAAGGCGCCUUGAAAAGUUUUGACAUAGAAUGCGAGGUUUUUCGCAAGAUCCGGCACCGAAAUCUCGUCAAGGUGAUUAGCUCUUGCACGAAUGCUAAUCUGAGAGCUCUCGUGCUACAAUACAUGCCCAAUGGGAGCUUGGAGAAGUGGCUAUACUCCAACAACUACAACUUGGAUAUCCAUCAACGAGUGAAGAUAAUGGUCGACGUCGCAACGGCAGUCGAUUAUCUCCACCAUGACCAACUGGAACCCAUUGUCCAUUGCGAUUUGAAGCCUAGCAAUGUUCUUCUAAACGAGGACUUGGUUGCACAAGUCUGUGACUUUGGAAUCGCAAAGAUUUUGGCAGAGAACAAGGUUGAAACACAAACUCGAACUCUCGGCACGAUUGGUUACAUUGCUCCAGAGUAUGGUUCGGAAGGAAAAGUCUCAACAAAAGGAGAUGUCUAUAGCUUUGGCAUAUUGUUGCUGGAAGUGAUUACUAGGAAGAAGCCAACCAAUGAAAUGUUUGAUGCGGAUAUGAGCUUGAGGCAAUGGGUAGGUGCAGCAAUUCCAGAAAGAAUGCUUGACAUUGUGGAUAGUGAACUCCUUAGCAUGAAUCUUGAAGAUUUGACGCUUUUGGAACUCGAGAGCAUAGUCUUAUCGAUCCUUGAGUUAGGACUAGAAUGUUCAAAGGACUUGCCUGAGGAAAGAAUGGACAUGAAAACUGUUGUGGUUAAGCUCAACAAGAUCAAGUUGUCACUUCCUUAACAAGAAAAUAAGGUGCUGAACGUAGGAUUUGGGCACGGUGUCAUCUUAGUUUGUA